AUGCAACUGUCGAUGGGUGCCCUUCUCCCAGGCCAGAGGAUACGUUCCUCACCCAUCACCCUCCCACCAAACACUGGAAUGUCCCUCGGAGCUCUCCGCUUUUCGAAGCCCAUCACCCUGCUUCCGGGAGAUGUCCGUCUCUCAGAAUUCCGCAGGCCCAGAGAGAGGGCUUCGGGGGUCGUAACCGUUUCCGCCUCCGCAAGCAGCCACACCAACUCCGACGCGGACCGUCUGGUGCGGCGGAUCAGGUCGGUCGCCGGCGCUCUGGUUCUCACCGCCGCGGCGGCGGCGGCGGCGGCGGCCUUGUCCGCCGGAAAGUUGGCCGCGUCCCCAGCUAGGGCUGAGGCCCUUUCCUCUCCCCCGAUGACUGAAGGGACAAGCAAGGAAGGAGAUGGCGACCAUGCCCCAUCCGCUCUCUCCCAGUUCCUCGAGUCCAACGCAGAAGCUGUGGAGACCCUGAGGACGCUGCUCUACGAGAAGCUGGACAACGGCGAGUUCCCCGAGGCCCUGCGCAUCCUCGAUCAGCUGAUAGCAGCUCGGCCAUCGGAAACAGAGUGGAGAUUCUUGGCGGUAAGGGUCUACAGCGAGCUGGGGGAGACCGGCGAAGCACGGCGGCUGCUGGAGGAGAUCUUAGCGGCGGACCCGCUAUCCUUCGAAGCCCUGUUCGAGAACGUCGUCCUGAUGGACAGGAGCGGUGAGGGGGAGGCGGCGAUGGCGCGCCUGGAGAGCGCGCUGGAGACGGCUAGGGAAGGGAAGAAGGAGAAGGAGGCGAGGGAGGUGCGGCUGAUCAUGGCCCAGUUGCAGUAUCUGCAGAAGAAGGUGGAGGAGGCACUCUCCAGCUACGAGGAGCUGGCGAGAGAGGAUCCCCGUGACUACCGCCCCUACUUCUGCCAGGGGGUGAUAUACUCCCUGCUUGAUCGCAACGAGGAGGCCAGGGAGAAGUUCGCCAAGUACAAGAUGCUCUCUCCCAGGAAGUUCGAUGUGGAGGGAUUCCUUCAGACCCCUCUCUCUCGGGUGAAGCUCUUCGGCACCGGCGACGCGGGGGCCUGA